UGCGAUUUGUUUCGUUAUUUACGUUUAAAAAACGAUAGAGGACAGUUCGUCGAUUUUAGCGGUUAUCUUGGCGAUGAACUAUUUAUGAAGGUUUGUCAGGUCGUAAGUCUCGUACGAACUGACUCGAUAACGCUCAUAACCUAUCCUGUUAGUUUUUUUCGCCGAAUGGAAAAAUAGUCAACUUUUGUUAAAGCACUCGGUAAUUUUUCGAGAAGAAAUAAUGAUUGUGCAAACCAAGUUGGGACCGAUACGUGGUAAGGAAUGCGAAUCUUUGGUGAAUGGUAAAAAAUUCUAUAGUUUUUUAGGCAUUCCUUAUGCCAAGCCACCGAUUGGAGAGCUACGUUUUAUGCCUCCAGUUCGUGCUGAAGGUUGGCUCGGUAUAUAUGAUGGCACAUUCGAUCGAGAUCCAUGCACCCAAGGGGAGACGAUCACUGGUACGAGAUUCGUGGGAUCUGAGGAUUGUCUUUAUUUGAAUAUACAUACGACUGAGAUAUCUUCAACCAAACUGAAACCAGUCAUGUUCUAUAUUCAUGGUGGUGGAUAUUUGCAAGGUUCAGGACUGAGUACUUAUCGUGGAGCUGAUUACUUGAUGCAUCGCGAUGUUAUCUUAGUUACCAUUAACUACCGACUGAAUUGCUUAGGGUUUUUGAAUCUCGGAAUACCAGAAUGUCCUGGCAACGUAGCUUUGAAAGAUCAACUGAUGGCUUUAAAAUGGGUCAAAAACAAUAUCAAAGAAUUCGGAGGCGAUCCGGAUAACAUCACGUUGUUUGGGAGUAGUGCCGGAGGAGCUUGUGUGAAUUUUUUCCUCGUUUCACCGCUGGCCAAAGGUUUAUUUCAAAAAGCCAUCAUCCAAAGUGGCACAGCAUUAGCAGUAUGGGCCCUAACUCAUCGACCGACUGAAAUAGCGUUCAUGUUGGGUCGUAAAUUGGGCUAUCAAGGAGAUGAUCCUCGAAGUCUGGUACAGCAUUUGAAAACUUUACCGGCUGUCGACCUCAUUCGAGCCAGUUUGGCUGUAUUUGGCGGAGCGACCAUGAAAUACCCGAUGACCUGUUUCGUGCCUGUUUUCGUACCCUCUGUCGAAAAAGACGCGAAAAACGCAUUUCUACCAGACUACCCGGAAAAAUUAUGGCCAGCGGCUGAGCCAAAGCUGUGCAUGUUCGGGCAUAAUGGUCUCGAAGCGUCAAUUAUGUGGCCUAUUAUACCCGAAAGUGCGCGUAAAGAUGCUAUGAAAAUAUUCCCCCAUGUUCUCAAAAACAACUUUCAAGUAUCCAAUCUCGACUUGGACAGUGUAACGGAAAAGAUUAGGGAGUUUUAUGGGUGCACUGGAGACCAGAGUGAAACAGAAUGGCAGAAAAUGUUGCAGUUUGUUUCCGAUGUAUUUGAUUAUCGUUUCCAUGAUUCGUACGUGUAUCUUCAACAAGCCGGUAUCCCACCUUAUGUGUUCUUCUUCAGCUAUUACAAUCCCGAAGCUGCCGCCAAAAGUAAAGGAAUCAGGCAACGUUUAGCUGGAUCGUUUCACGGUGAAGAAGAAGAAUUCUUGUUCGUUCAAAAAUACCCACCAAUACCUUUGAGAGUAAAAGGAGAUGAUUUAAAAGUGAUGAAUAAUAUUUGCAACCUUUGGACGAAUUUUGCUAAAUUUGGUAAUCCAACCGAAGGUAUGAAUAACGUAGAUCAAUGGAAACCAUCCACAACAGAUUCGCCUCAUUACCUUCAAAUCGAUAAAGAUUUGAAAUUAAUCGAAGGAAAAUUGGGUUCGGAGAGAUCAUCAUUUUUAGCUAAUGUACUCGAUAAUGCAGAGAUAAUCGAUAUACUGUAAACAAUUAUUCAACCAACCAUCUCAAUCGUCAAUAUUUUUGAUUGAUGAUUUUGGUUUCAAAAAUACAAACGUGUGUAUCGUCGGAUCUGAA